AUGAGAAAUGGUACUAAACGGCCCAUUUCUGAAGUGCUACUGCAGAAACUUUCGAAAAUAUUUAUGUCAUUCAGCGAUGCUAUUGAGAUGGAUCAACCAAAAUUGACUGCCGUUCAAGCUCAUUUUCUUAUAAAUCAUUUUUUCAGAUUGAACCGACCGAACUUAGCUCAAUAUAGCAUUCAUUCUAUAACUCGUUCGGAUUUGGUUUCUUUCGAUGAAUUCAUUUAUACGUGCGAUUUGUUAUUUCCAAAUAAAUCUGAAUUUGAAGUGGGAUUUAUAUUAUAUCGAAAAGAUAAAAAGAUGAAUUAUAUCAGAAAACGAAAAAAAUGGUCAAUUUUUUGGUGUACAGUUUUGCCUGGAAAAAUUUCUCUGAAAUCAUUGAAUAAUGUUGUUGUGGACAAAGAAAUUGUAAUGCAUGUUGAUCGAAAUGCGAUUCUUCGAGAAGAAUUUGUCGAUCAUGAUUUGUUUUGCUGGAGUUUAUCAAAUGCUGACAAGGACAAAUAUUUAUUUGGACAUUUAGAUAAAUUAAAAUGUUCACAGUGGAUGUCAGGUAUGGAUUGUUUAAAUGAUUAG